GUAUAAUGGAAAGUUUUAUAGACUUGACUUAACUCGAGCCUAUUCCAUACAAAAAUACGAUUGCCGUAUUGAAUGAAUAUAUGCUUUAGAACAUUGACUUUUUGAACAAGUAUUAUGAACAAAAUUAAUUACAGAUUCGGACAUUUCAAUGAAAACAAAUUAUUUGAGAUGGAAGUAGUUCUUGAUGAGAUUGAAUCUAAAGUACUUUUAUUGGAGAAGAAACUGGAAUCAGUACCUCCUGAAUUCUUAAAUGGAUUGGUGGUGCCUCCUCUACAAUAAUAAUAGUAAGUGGCACAACCACAGUCCGUAUAACAAUCAAGUACUUAGUAGUUGCAAUAUUAGAUGAUCAAAAUAAUGCAAUUCCUCCUCCUCCUCCACCACCUCCCCCUCCUCCUCCUCUUUAAAACUAUUAAUAGGCUAUUCCAAAUUAAGAAGCUCCUUAUGCUGCUGCUGUUCCUCUACCUCCACAUUAAAUGGAAUAAUAAUAAGUAUAAUAGCCUGAGUAAGUUUAAGAGGAGCAACCUUAAUAACAAGAGGAAGUCGAAGAUGGUAUGAAUUCAUUGUAAUAAAAUUUAGAAAGAUUAGAUAAAUAUAAAAAACUAUUAAGUUAUGGAGUCAAUUCUUAAUAAUUGAAGAUGAAAAUGUAGAUGGAAGGUUUGGACCCAAAUUUAUUAGACAAGUAUUUGACUUGAUAUUG